CGCCGGCUCGAGGUGCGAUAGCAGCCAACGGCAAAGUGAUGGGGCGGCGGCAGCCUAAGGAGCGUGCGCCGCACGUGUCUGUGUGCGUGGCCCGCCGGCGUACGCGGCGGCGGCCUCGGUGGCCGGCCGCCACCUGCGCAACCAUGGCGAAGAGGCUGCACACGCGCACUCCAUUCUCCCUCUCGCCGCCCCGCAUCGUCGCCGCCUUCGCACUCGCACCGCGGUGCCACUCCCUCGCCGCCGCGGGCACGGCCGGCCAGCGGCACCCGGACGGCUCUCCUGAGCAGCCUCCAGUGCGUUCGCCGCAGCCUGGGCAGCGGUCGACAGCACAGCCGCCUCGCAGCACCGGUGCCUCUGUUAGGACUAUUUCGCCAGCGCGAAGAUGCCGAGUGGCUAGUGUCCUGCGGCCGACUGUGCCGCCGUCCGUCACGCACACUGGCGUGCAGCAGUAGGAUGCGUGGCGUCGGCGCCAGAAGCUGCGGGCGUUACGGGUGCGGUGAACCGAGGCCGGGGAGCCACCUGCUGCCAUCGAUC